AUGUCGGAUGAAGAAGGCAUUCUCGAAGAUGGCGAUGAAGAUGAAGAAGAAGACGAAGAAGAAUAUAACAAUCCAUCAGUCGAACCUGUCAUCGAUGUGUUGCAAAUUGACAAUGAAUUAUCUUCGACAAAAUAUCGUUUCAAGAAAAAUGAAAUCAUGCUUUGUUAUCAUGGCGUACUUCUCUACGAAGUCAAAUGUGUGGAUCAUAAAAUGAAGGAAAACGAUAGUGGCAAUUUCCAUCGUCCAUCGUAUUUGGUACAUUAUUGCGGUUGGAGUUCGAAAUGGGAUGAAUGGGUAGAUGAAGCUCGUUUGGUUAAAAUGGACGAAGCUGGUUUGAAAAAACAAGCAGAACUACUUCACCAACAUGGAAAAGGCAAAGCACGCCUGAAAAAUUUGCGGAAGAACAACAGUACGAGUCCAUCGAAACGAACAACUAGUCGAUCCAUAUCGGAUCAUUCGACAAGUACGAAUAUCGACUCGACCACUACGGAAUUACCCAACAACACCAAUAGUCAUUUUCCUCUCGAAGAAACACCAUCGUUGUCCGGACGAAGCGAUACGGGAAGCAGCAGCAGUAGCAGUAGUACUACCAGUGAACUGAUCACGAACACAGAGUUAGCUGCAACUAGUAAUGAUAUAAGUGAACCUGAUGCAAAAAAAUUCAAACGAACUGUGAAUACAACUGGAAAGCUACCAACGAAAGAAAAAAAAGCAGAAGCAACGACAAUCAUUGUAAAUGAUUUAUCACCAACCAUAUCUGCUCAACAUGAGAUAUGUCAACGCUUAACUCGUCGAUUCUAUACCUAUCAAAUGGAAUGGCUACAUUUUCCAUCCGAACUAGUCGAAUUCUUGAUAAACGAUCGUGAUUUAAUCAACAAUCAGAAUUAUCUCCUUUCAGUUCCACCACUCGAUUCAUCGUUGAUCAUUCGAAAUAUUUUCAAUAAUUAUCUCGAUCAACAAAUCAACGAAUGUUCAUUAGCCGAAGUACUCGCUAUUCGAACACUGAUUUCCUCGUUAAUUGACAUGUUUAACAUCGCCCUGGGCAAAUGUUUAUUGUAUCGUUUUGAACGUUUACAACUGCGACAAUUGUUAGAAAAAGAUUCGUCAAUAUCCCUUUGUGAUUACUAUGGCUCGAUGCAUUUACUUCGAUUUCUUUGGCGUAUUAAAGAUUUGUUACGUGAUAUGAGUGCGAAUAGCAAUCGCGAUGAAUUCGGUUUGUUGUUGAGUCGAAUUCAACAUAUUUUGAAUUAUUUAUAUGAAAAUCGAACAAUCCUUUUCCCUCCUAGUGAAUAUGAUAUUUGUUCGACAGAAUAUUAUCGUUGUUCGUUGCAAUGUUUUCAAUGA